AUGUCCAACAACAAUCUUUCGACUGCCAUGUCGUCCAGUUUAACUGUUCUCUUGCCACCACUCUUUCCUAUCUCUGAUAAUAAUCGUAGUGCUUGGAUUAUCACUGUAAGCACUGUCCUACUUAUUCUCACUCUCCUUCCGACAACAGUGGCCUUGAUAUCUCGCAUCCGUAUUUUUGCGCAAAGUUUUCUGGAGUGA